AUGUCGACUUCAGAAUCCCACUCUGGGCAGGAGGAGGGUUCUGGCAAGAACAUUGUACUCUGUUUUGAUGGAACUUGUGAAAACUUCGGACCUAACCCUAUUACAAAUGUCCUGAAGAUCUUCCAAUUGUUGGAGACCCAAGAUGAUAAAAUUCAGAUGUGCUACUACCAACCUGGGGUAGGAACGGAGGCGAAUUUUGAUCCCGUAGUUGAUAUGAGAAGAAAUUUUAGCACCGCAAGUAUCAUGAAUAAAAUUGAUGCCCUUUUUGCUUCGAGCAUCGAUCAUCACAUUGUCUCGGGUUAUUUGUUUUUAAUGAAUUAUUACGAGAAAGGUGAUAAAGUUUACAUGUUUGGAUUUUCUCGUGGCGCAUAUGUUGCAAGGGCCCUUGCUGGUAUGUUAGAAAGGGUUGGGCUUUUAAACAGGGGCUUAGAUGAUAUGGUUAGUAUGGCGUGGAAAAUUUAUGAAUCAUGGGAAUUUGCCGAACAACCAAGUGAAUCCAGCUACAAUACCACUUUAGCGGAAGAAUUCAAAAGAACAUUCAGUCGUCCUUACGAAAUAAGGGUUUUCUUCCAAGGUUUAUUUGAUUCAGUCAACUCUGUAGGGAUUCUAAGAGACAGAUUAUUCCCAUGCACCCAAAGAAGCGGUAUAGUAGACCACAUAAGGCAUGCAGUUUCAUUAGAUGAGAGAAAAGGUAAGUUUAAGCAACAAACUUUUGCGAUAAAUCUUGAUGCUCCAAAAUUAUUUUCCCUAAAUUACAAUAGUUACCUGGUGGAGACUGCAUCAGAGGUCUCUGAAGAACAGACCCUCGACGAUACUAACCCAAAUCUGUCUCAUUCAUUAAUCGAACUGAUGUUGAACAAAGGAAGUGGUUCAGUUAAACAAGCAUCUGAUUCUUCUGAAAGUAAUUCAUCUGCAAAAGCAGAGAAUUUAACGCAAAAAAUCAAUAAGCAGUUACAGAAACUGCGUAGUAGUAACCUACAAAAUACGAAAAAUGUCAACGAAAAUGUCGAAGGAUUUUUUGAAUAUGAGCCCUUCAGCAAUUCAGUUCGCACUGUUAAUUCGUUAAUGACAUCUGAUUUGGUGGAGAAGUGGUUCCCAGGCGACCAUUCGGAUGUGGGGGGUGGUUAUCAUUCUGAUUGUGAAACGAGAGAGGUGCUAUCUGGUUUAUCCUUACGUUGGAUGAUUGCAGAAGCUGUCAAACAUGGUUUAAUUUUUAAAAAACAUUCAAUUCAUAAAUUAGCGUCCAAGCAGACGUCAUUAGGUUCACUCUUCUCCACUAUCCAUGACAAAUUAAGUUUUAAUCAAGUGAGACAUCCAGAUUUGGAUGAACCCUAUGAACAAAUUGAAGACAACAAUACUGAUUCACGGGAACAAUUGCUUUCCGAAUUGGAAUCAGCUAAUUGGUUACAAACGACUUGGAAUAAUUUUAAAGAAAUGAGAAUCAACGAAAUCUUAACGGAGAGAGAAGCCGCCAGAGAGAAAUACACUUUUGAUUGUACAUCUGCUUCUAAAUUUCAAAUAGCUCUCUGGUGGUUAUUGGAAUUAAUUCCCAUUGGAUUAAGAAUGGAAAGUGGGUCUGGCAAGUGGAGAUCAGUAUACAUCCCGAACUUGGGCCAACCGCGGUACGUACCGGACUACGGUAAUAUUCAUUGGUCUGUAUACUGGAGAAUUAGAUAUGACAAUAGUUAUAGACCUAAAAACUUGCCAAACUAUUGUAGAAAACUUUUGAAAGGAUAUGCUGACAUUAAUAUGGAACCAUCAAAGGGUCGAAGUGCACAUGCUAUCGCAUCUCCAAUAAAGUCCUAUCCUACAGAUCUGGAUCAUAGAAGUAAUAAUAAUCUACCUAGUGAUAACAAUAAUUCUACGUCUACAAACGGUCGCGAAAUGAACAAAAUGAUUGUAAACGACAUUGCAGAAGUCCAAUGCUUUGAGACAGGUGUCAAAUUUUCGGAAUGGGCGGCUCAUCAUUGGCGUGAAAUUCCUGACGAUUUAGAACCGUGGCUUCUAAAAUUCCCCGAUCUCUAA